GAGUGUGUUCCUCUCGCCCUGUCAAUAAUCUCCGCUCCCAGACUACUCCGUUCCUCCGGAUUUCGAUCCCCCUUUUUCUAUCUGUCAAUCAGCGCCGCCUUUGAACUGAAAAGCUCUCAGUCUAACUUCAACUCACUCAAAUCCGAGCGGCACGAGCUCCUCCUGUAUCUUCGGCUUCCCCCCCCUUUGCUCUUUAUAUCUGACUUCUUGUUGUUGUUGGUGGUGUUUUUUUUUUUACCCCCCUUUUUUUAUUUAUUAUUUUUUUGCACAUUGAUCGGAUCCUUGGGAACGAGAGAAAAAAGAAACCCAAACUCACGCGUGCAGAAGAUCUCCCCCCCCCUUCCCCUCCCCUCCUCCCUCUUUCCCCUCCCCAGGAGAAAAAGACCCCAAAGCAGAAAAAAAGUUCACCUUGGACUCGUCUUUUUCUUGCAAUAUUUUUUUUGGGGGGGUAAAACUUUUUGGGUUUUUUUUUUUUUUGGCUUUUCUUCCUCCUUCAUUUUUCUUCCAAAAUUGCUGCUGGUGGGUGAAAAAAAUGCCGCAGCUGAACGGCGGUGGAGGAGAUGACCUAGGCGCCAACGACGAACUGAUUUCCUUCAAAGACGAGGGCGAGCAGGAGGAGAAGAGCUCCGAAAACUCCUCGGCAGAGAGGGAUUUAGCUGAUGUCAAAUCGUCUCUAGUCAAUGAAUCAGAAACGAAUCAAAACAGCUCCUCCGAUUCCGAGGCGGAAAGACGGCCUCCGCCUCGCUCCGAAAGUUUCCGAGAUAAAUCCCGGGAAAGUUUGGAAGAAGCCGCCAAGAGGCAAGAUGGAGGGCUCUUUAAGGGGCCACCGUAUCCCGGCUACCCCUUCAUCAUGAUCCCCGACCUGACGAGCCCCUACCUCCCCAACGGAUCGCUCUCGCCCACCGCCCGAACCCUCCAUUUUCAGUCCGGGAGCACACAUUACUCUGCGUACAAAACGAUUGAACACCAGAUUGCAAUUCAGUAUCUUCAGAUGAAAUGGCCGCUGCUUGACGUUCAGGCGGGGACCCUCCAGAGCAGACAAGCCCUCAAGGAUGCGCGCUCUCCGUCGCCGGCACACAUCGUCCAGUGCCCCCUCCCUUGCUGCACUCAGGGACAUGACUGUCAGCACUUCUACCCCCCCUCAGACUUCACUGUCAGCACUCAAGUCUUCAGGGACAUGAAAAGGAGCCACUCCUUACAAAAGGUUGGGGAGCCCUGGUGUUUGGAGUCGAACAAAGUGCCGGUUGUGCAACACCCUCACCAUGUCCACCCUCUCACGCCUCUUAUCACGUACAGCAAUGAACACUUCACGCCGGGAAACCCACCUCCACACUUACCAGCUGACGUAGACCCCAAAACAGGAAUCCCACGGCCUCCGCACCCUCCAGAUAUAUCUCCGUAUUACCCGCUAUCGCCCGGCACCGUAGGACAAAUCCCCCAUCCGCUAGGAUGGUUAGUACCACAGCAGGGUCAGCCAGUGUACCCCAUCACGACAGGAGGAUUCCGUCACCCCUACCCCACAGCUCUGACGGUCAACGCUUCCAUGUCCAGCUUUCUGUCUUCUAGGUUCCCUCCCCACAUGGUCCCUCCGCAUCACACUCUCCACACGACUGGCAUCCCCCACCCGGCCAUAGUCACACCCACAGUCAAGCAGGAAUCCUCGCAGAGUGACGUCAGCUCCCUCCACAGCGCAAAGCAUCAGGACUCCAAAAAGGAAGAAGAGAAGAAGAAGCCCCACAUAAAGAAACCCCUUAACGCGUUCAUGUUGUACAUGAAGGAAAUGAGAGCGAAGGUCGUAGCUGAGUGCACGUUGAAAGAAAGUGCAGCCAUCAACCAGAUCCUGGGCCGAAGGUGGCACGCACUGUCCAGAGAAGAGCAAGCGAAGUACUACGAGCUGGCCCGGAAGGAGCGACAGCUUCACAUGCAGCUGUACCCCGGCUGGUCUGCACGGGAUAACUAUGGGAAAAAGAAGAAGAGGAAAAGGGACAAGCAGCCCGGGGAGACCAAUGAACACAGCGAAUGUUUCCUAAAUCCUUGCCUUUCACUUCCUCCGAUUACAGACCUGAGCGCUCCUAAGAAAUGCCGAGCGCGCUUUGGCCUUGAUCAACAGAAUAACUGGUGCGGCCCUUGCAGGAGAAAAAAAAAGUGCGUUCGCUACAUACAAGGUGAAGGCAGCUGCCUCAGUCCACCCUCUUCAGAUGGAAGCUUACUAGACUCGCCUCCUUCCUCCCCCCACCUGCUAGGCUCCCCUCCCCAAGACGCCAAGUCACAGACUGAGCAGACCCAGCCUCUGUCGCUGUCCCUGAAGCCCGACCCCCUGGCCCACCUGUCCAUGAUGCCUCCGCCGCCCGCCCUCCUGCUGGCCGAGGCCGCCCACGGCAAGGCCCCCGCCCUCUGUGCCAACGGGGCCCUGGACCUGCCUCCCGCCGCCCUGCAGGCCCCCCUCCUCCCCUCCUCAUCUCUGGCACAGCCGUCGACAUCUUCCUUACAUUCCCACAACUCUCUGGCCGGGACCCAGCCCCAGCCGCUCUCCCUGGUCACCAAGUCUUUAGAAUAGCUUUACCCUCCUCCGCCCCGGUUGCUUUCGUGGAGUGUUUCGUUUGGCUUUUCUUUAUUUCCCUCCCUGCAACCCCUGCCCCCAGCGCAACCCCCUCCCCCCGCUUCUGGAAGGUUUCGUUUGGUCCUUUUUUCAGUUUGUGCCACGUGGCUACAUUAGUUAAUGUUUAUCGAGUUCAUUGGUCAAUAUUUGACCCAUUCUUAUUUCAAUUUCUCCUUUUAAAUAUGUAGAUUGAGAGAAGAACCUCAUGAUUCUACCAAAAUUUUUAUCAACAGCUGUUUAAAGUCUUUGUAGCGUUGAAAAAAUAUAUAUAUAUACAUAACUGUUAUGUAGUUCGGAUAGCUUAGUUUUAAAAGACUGAUUAAAAAACAAAAAGAAAAAAAAAAGAAGCAAUUUUGAAGCAGCCCUCCAAAAGGAGUUGGUUCUGUAUUAUUUGUAUUAAAUACGAGCUUGCGAACCAAUCAUUUUACAUCUGGUUUUUAAACCAUAAGGGCACGACGAAUGCAGUGCCAUAUACUUUUUUUUUUUUUUCUGUGUGAAACAACUUUUAUUGUGAUGUUACUUGUUAUUGUUUAAAUGUACAGAAACAAAGGGUUAAAAUGUGUUAAUAUACCUUGUUCCAUGGUGUUGUUCUUUUGGGGGGAGGGGGAUGCUACUCAACAAUUAAUGGAAUCACAACGCUGUUGGACCAGUAGUAUUUAUUGCUUUAGAGAUUGCUCGUCGAACUUGUACGUUGUCCCUUUUAAAAUAUGUUUUCCUUUUUCUUGAAACUGUAUAAAGUUUUUUUUUCCCCUUAGCAUAUGCCUCUUAUAUAUAACAACUCAUUUGUACAAGGUUUUUAAGUUUAUAUAUAAAAUGUGUAUAUAUAUAUUUUUUGUUUCCCUUUUGGAUUUUUUUUUUUUUUUUUUUUGCCGUAUGAAACCCAGAUGCCGCCAAAUGGACAUUAAUAGUUGCAUUAAAGGAUCAGUAGCAUUAACAAACGUUGCUUUAAAAGCCAUUCUGUAAAACAAGACUUGAAAAUUAGUGAGGGGAAUUUUAGCGACGCUGUAUGAGCAGCAGUGGGAACGGUCAGGCCCGUUACCCCUGUGGACCCACAGUCGAAUGCCCUGCACCCUUAGGACAUGGACUGACUGUGUGCAAAACUUUAUGUGCCAAAAUUCUCAGUGACUUUAGCUUUCUCCCUCUUUUUGAUGCUGUAAUUUUCGUUCAUCAUGUUUUGCUGUGAUGUUACAUAGGUAGAUUUGUAUGUAGUUUUUAAUGUCACCUAUAACAAGAUGUGUUUGGUAGCAGAUUUUCCAGAAAGCAUUUUAAAUGAAGAGGUAUAAACCCUUAAGGGCCAAAAUUCUGUAUAUUAGAUUACUCUUCAAGGAAAAACCAGCUGCUGCUUUUAUGUACCUGUAUGACAUACAAGUAGGUAGCAGACUUUAAAAAUAAAAAAAACCUAGGCAUGUUGAUGUUACAAAAUGCUGUAUAAAGCUGAAACCUGUUCAUUCAGUGCCAUUGUAGUUGACAUGAAGCGAUUGUAAAACUGUCUCCGAUUUUUCUCUGGUUUAUUAAAAUGCUAACUAUAACAUUUUUUGUGAAUACUUUGAAUGUUUCCUAACAGUUGUGAUGUUACUGUUCCGUUUUAUGCUCUUAUUCCAAUUUCAUUUUUAAUGGUUUGGAAGCCAUUUUUGUAAUGAAUAAAUGUUCAUGCUGUACAGUA